AUGCAAUCAUCCGAACCAGCCCGCUUGGGUCGGAAACGAGUCCUGCCCCCCUGCCCCAACCCGCUUUUCCUUAAGUGGCUGACUGAACUGCGAGACCACGCUAAAGAGAAGGGACUGAAAACGCAGUACGUUUACCAGAAGGCUAUAAACUCAUUGAAGAAGUAUCCUCUUCCACUGAAGAACGGCAAAGAAGCAAAGAUUUUGCAGAACUUUGGGGACGGCAUCUGCAAAUUUUUGGACGAGAAGCUGAAGAAGCACUAUCUUGAGAACGGACCAGACGCUCCUAUUCAUUCCCUACCCAGCGGCAUUACUCACUCACAGCACCAUAGCAACAAUCUGGCUCCCCCUAAAUCUACAUCGGACCUCUCCAAAGAAUCUUCUAGAAAAAUCGGAGGAAACACGAAGAGUCAGCCAGAUGAUGGAGGGAAAGAAAAAGGAGGAAGGAGGAAGAGGGAAUAUGUUCCUCAGAAGAGAUCUGGAGGUUACGCUGUACUGCUGACUCUCUACAGGCACUUACAGGUUCCAGGCAGUAAAGGUUUCAUGUUUAAAAAUGAGCUACAAACAGAAGCUCAACUCCUGUGUGACAAAUCCUUCACUGUGCCUGAUGUUGGGAGUAAGUACACUGCCUGGUCCUCAGUCAGCACUCUUAUCCAAAAAGACCUCCUGCUAAAGACCCACAAUCCGGCCCGGUAUUCUUUGACUGAGCUGGGCGUGGCUCUGGCGGAGAGACUGGAGUCUGGAGAGAGGGAGAUAGAUGAUGAGAGGAAGGAGCCGAACAGGACUGAGGAAGAGGAGUCAGGCGAUGGAGUACCCACAGUGGACCUGACCGCAGAUGAAGGCGAAGAAGAGGAGGAUGAGAGAGACAGCUGUUCCACAGAGAGGCCUACCUUAGCUGUAUCCCAACCCCAGGCGGAGAGCAUCAAACCUGGGUCAGGACCUCUAGGAAACUCCCAGGCCUUAGAUACUGGCAGGGCAGUGACGGGUGGCUGUCUUUGUCCUGGCUCCUACGACAUCGUGCUCUGUGUGGACUUCAUCGAAACCACUGGGGGCAAUACAGCCCGCAAACAGGAACUGGUAAAAGAACUACAAAGGAAUGGAGUCACCUUUGACAUCAGGAAGCUGAAUGUUGGUGACUUCCUGUGGGUGGCAAAGGAGAGGGUCACACCUGUCCCAGGUCAGCUGCGGCCGCCAGCAGGACAAGAGCUUGUGCUGGAUUACAUCAUAGAGAGGAAGAGGAUGGAUGACCUGUGCGGUAGCAUCAUCGACGGACGUUUCAGAGAACAGAAAUUCCGUCUGAAGAGAUGUGGUUUGCAUAAGCCAAUCUAUCUGGUAGAGGAGUGUGGAUCAGCUGCAGCUCACCUAAGUCUACCAGAGAGCACUUUACAGCAAGCUAUAGUAAACACGCAGGUAGUGGACGGCUUCUUCGUAAAAAGGGUACAGGAUGUGAAGGAAUCCGCCGCUUACCUAACGGUCAUGACCAGACACCUGCAGAGACUCUACCAGAACCGCACCCUCUUCUGUCGCUCUAGAGAACUGGAGGGAGAUGGAGAGGGAGAGAGAGAGAAUCCCUCUUGCUCUCUCAUCUCCUUCACUGAGUUCAAUCAAGGAGCUGUCAAAAACAAGUGUCAAACAGUGAGGGAGGUGUUUGCUAGACAGUUGAUGCAGAUCAGUGGGAUCUCUGGUGAUAAAGCAGCAGCCAUUCUGGAACAUUAUGGCACAGUAUGCAGUCUGCUGAAGGCGUAUGAGCAGUGUCCCAGCGAGGCAGACAAAGAAAAGCUCCUUUCCUCUGUUAAGUACGGAAAACUCCAAAGGAACCUCGGUCCAGCUCUAAGUCGGACAAUAUAUCAGCUUUACUGUACACCUGGACCUUUGUCAUAA